AUGACUUUCCUCACGGCAGAAAGACUACUCAGACUAGCGUAUCAUUACCCCAGGCUACAGAAUACCUGGUUUUUAGUUGCAAUUGCUGCAUUACUCGAGUUGAAUCUUACUGAGGAAAUACCAAUAGUAUUGCAUUUUGCACUUCGGCAACAGUUGUUUGAAUUUUGCAGUGAUGAGGAGAGGGUUAUCAGCAAUGAAUAUAUGAUAAAGUUGGCCAAUGAUUCAAUUAAUUCGAGCGAGAUAUGUAUCAAGCUCUAUUCUACAGGGGUUAAGGUGCCAGACGUGUUAAUACCCGCAACUUAUUACAAACUUAUUCCCUUGACGUACAAGUACACUCGUGGCGAAGACAUCAAAAGGAAACAAAGGUUCAUUGUCAAACAGAUGCGUGACGUGAUAUUAAAAUUGAGUGCCUUAUGCGGCCUUCCAAAAUCAAUCAAUGGGUUAUCAAUAUUGAAAGCUGCAACCCCUUCAACUUUUUGGCAAGAGUGUAAUGUUAGACCUAGCGAAGUCAAGAUAGACAGUAAUGAUCUUAAUGGGGCAAACACCAUUGAUGGACUUAUAUCUGCCAAUUCAAUCGAUACUGGCAGGGUAAAAUCCAAUUUAUUAAGAGGCUCAACCUUCUGGAACACAGUCUAUUCAAACGACAUAAACAAGAGAAUCAGAAACCAGAUGAUUGAUGCGUACCCCGAUUUGUGGUAUUACACUUACCAGCACAUUUACUCACCUUUGUUGAGUUUCACGGAAAUAUUGACGGCAAAGAAAACCUCGUUGAUCAUAAUUGCGGGUUUAAUUCCGCAAAACGUGGAGCCUCAAUUGAAGGGCCAUUUGAAAGGCGCACUCAAUAAUGGCGCUUCAAAGGAGGAGGUUGCCAGCACCCGAGAGUUGGUUUUGGAGCUUUGUCAGUGGCAAAAAAUGAACAGUGACCAAGACAAUGUUGCCAAACUCUAG